GCAGAUGAAGAGCUCCGUCCAUCCUGUUUGUGUGAAUGUUUGAAUGUUAUUUUUGUGCCUGUAGGUUUAAACUUGAGAGAGCAGCAGGAUGCAGGUUCUCACCCCGCAGGUCUACUGGGCUCAGAGACAUGGAGAGAUUUACCUCCGGGUGGAGCUGAGCGAUGCAAAGAAUCUGGACAUCAACUUGGAAGACAAAACACUUCAGUUCAGAGCACAGGGCCACGGAGCUAAAGGAGAUAAUGAAUACAUGUUCAGUCUGGAGUUCCUGGAAGCUGUCAGACCUGAGAUCAACCAUAAAUCCACGCAGCGUCAGGUGGACAUUAAAGUGAGGAAGCAGGAGGAGCGCUGGUGGGACCGGCUCACACUGCAGGAGAAGAAGCCUCUGUUUCUGGCUCCCGACUUCGACCGCUGGCUGGACGAGUCUGACGCUGAGAUGGAGCUUCAGGCCAAGGAGGAAGAAAAGAUAAACAAGAUCACUGUGGAGUCGAGAGUCCGUAAAGACCCCUACCUCGGACUGAAGAAAGGCUACCUGUUUAUGUACAACCUGGUGCAGUUCUUGGGAUUCUCCUGGAUCUUUGUCAACAUGACCGUUCGACUCUUCAUUCUUGGUCAAGAUUCGUUCUACGAUACCUUCCACACCACGGCUGAUAUGAUGUAUUUCUGUCAGAUGAUGGCCGUGAUCGAGGUGGUUAAUCCCUUGUUGGGUCUGGUGAAGACGGGCUUUUUCCCCGCUAUGAUACAGGUUGCGGGGAGGAACGUCAUCCUCUUCGUCAUCUUCGGCAGUUUGGAGGAUAUGCAGAACAAAUCCGUCGUCUUCUUCGUCUUCUACCUGUGGAGCACCAUCGAGAUCUUCAGGUAUCCUUUCUACAUGCUGGCCUGCAUCGGCACAGAGUGGAAGCUCUUGACGUGGAUGAGGUACAGCAUCUGGAUCCCUCUGUACCCGCUGGGGGUUAUAGCUGAAGCGGUGGCGGUGAUCCAGUCCCUGCCUAUCUUUGAUGAGACCCGUCUGUUCAGCAUCCCUCUCCCCGCGAUGCUCGGACACUCGUUAAGCUUCUCGUACACUCUACAGAUCUACCUGGUCCUCAUGUUCCUCGGACUUUUCAUCAACUUCCGACACCUGUACAAGCAGAGGAGGAGACGUUACCGCUCCAGGAAAAGGAAAGUCCAGUAACUUGAUCGGCACGUUGCACACACCCCGAACUGCUGUCCACUUCCAGAUAUUUC